AUUCUUGUUUUGUGUUAAUAUUUACUGCUUAUGUUUUGUUUUGAUUAUACCCUCAUCAAUGAGUGUGGGAACUCAUCCUUAAUCUUUAUCACACACACACACACACACACACACACACACACACACACACACACACACACACAUCAGCAUUACCACCACCACCGUGUCCCGCGGAGGGCGUGACAAGUAUCCCCCACCGUGACCGCUGUGAGGUCUACUACGAGUGUGCUGACGGCGUACAUAGCUUCAAGGAGUGUCCCGAGGGGCUGCUGUACGACCGCGACCGUGCCAGCGACACCGAGCCCUGUGACCUGCCUUCCAGCAUGGAGUUGUCUAGAAUAUUUAGAUGCUCCGCACAAGUCCCUGCAUUACUCCCUUGUCCUGCGCUGGGCGAGACAACCACCGACACUGGCCGCUGUGACAGGUACUACAAGUGCGAACAGGGGACCCUUCACCUCGAGCAGUGCCCCGCGGGUAUGCUCUACAACCCCGCCCGUGCCCCAGAGGCUCCCCCAUGUGACUUGCCCUUCGACGUGGAGGUUUCAAGACUUCUUCAGUGUUCCUCUCAGCUUCCUGAGCAAGCAAUGACCCACGCCACAGAAGACCGUUGUGACGCCUUCUACAAGUGUGCUAAGGGGGGCUGUGAGACCAAAAAGUGUCCCGCGGGGCUGCUGUACAACCCCGAGCACGCCAGCGAAGCCGAGCCCUGCGGAGAUCCCCGCAGCCUAGCGGAGAGUAUACGCUCCGAGUGCUCCCAAAAUCGCCCGGGGUGUAUCCUGUGUCCUGCGGAGGGCGCGACGACUACCCGCCACCCCGCCCCUGGCACCUAUCACAGGUACCUCGCGUGUCUUCAGGGGGUCCCUUCAUACCGGCAGUGUCCCGCGGGGCUGAUGUACAGCCCUGACCGUGCUGACACCACCGAGCCCUAUGUGCUACCCUCCAGCCUGAAGGUCUCCAGGUUCCUAGACUGCUCCCCAAAGAUCCAAGAGGCAAAUGGUGAGUGA